AUGGAUGGAAUCAAAAUGUGGAGCAUAGUAUACACUCUCUUCUGUUUCGCCUUAAUCGUCUUCAUUGCUUGGCCUGUGUCUUUGACACUGGCAGCCAUCUACAUACUCUUUGUUCCAUUCGCCGCCUGCAUUCCUCCCCUUGAGUCGUGUCUGGAUGACGUUCUAGGCGCCCUGAAAUUGCCACUCUUCUGGGCUAAAGAGGCCGUCCGUUUGGAAGUUGUCAAUUUGGAAAGGUGGAUGAAAGUACGUGUUGCGAUCGAGAGUGGAGUUGGUGGUGUGUGGGACAGUUGUGCUCGUGGUCGUCUGACCCAUCCAAAGGACAUUUGUAUGCCAGUAGAUGCUGGAUCAAAAGAGUUGCAUUGGGCAUGA